CACCAGCGGAGUUCAGGCAAGAGCAGUGUAGCCACAGCCAGAGCAGCAUGGCAGGGUUCCAUGUCCGCUCCCUUCUGGUGACUGGAGCCAACCGAGGCAUUGGCCUGGGGCUUGUUCAGCAUUUCCUGAGGAUGCCAGACCCACCACAGUGGAUCUUUGCAGGCUGUCGGGACCCCAAGGGACAGCGAGCACAGGAGUUACAGAAUUUGGCCUCCAAGCACCCCAACAUCAUCAUCAUCCCGCUCGAAGUGGCUGACCCUGCCAGCAUCAAGGCGGCUGCAGCCAAGGUUGGGGAGCACCUGGGGGAUUCUGGGCUGAACCUCCUCAUCAACAAUGCUGGAAUUCUGAAGGUGAACAUACUUGAUACUGAAAUACUGGAGGACAUGAGUGAGAUUUACACCACUAACACAAUUGGGCCGCUGCUGAUGGGCCAGGCAUUCCUGCCCUUGCUGAAGAAAGCUGCCCAGGGGUGCCCAGGCUCAGGGCUGAGUUGCAGCAAGGCUGCCAUUGUCAACAUGUCCAGCAUUGGCGGCUCCAUCGCUUCUUUCUUUGGCUGGGACAUGAUGCAAGUCACCUCGUACCGCUGCAGCAAGGCUGCUCUGAACAUGCUGAGCAAGUGCCAGUCCCUGGCGUACAAGGAGCACGGCAUCCUCUGUGUCGCUCUCCACCCCGGCUGGGUGCAAACAGACAUGGGCAGUGCUGCUGGACACACGCCCCCUGUGACAGUGGAUGACAGCGUGCAAGGGAUGCUGAAGGUCCUCUCCUCCCUCUCUGAGAAGGAGACCGGUGCCUUCCUGGACUGGGAAGGGAAGGUCAUACCCUGGUGAGACACCACUUCAGGAUUCUGGUAGCCAGGAGGAACCCUGUGCCACUGCUUCUGUGUUUCCCAGAUCCUCAAUAAA